AUGGAUCCCUUUUACAAUGGCAACAAAAGAAGUUCAAUAUCGUUUGGCUCGUCGCAGCGGCAACCGUAUUCUAAAAGUAACUACUUGAGUGGCGCUAAUGGACCUCCGUCAGUAGCACAAGACCAGGGCAGAGGCCCAUCACCCUUUGGAAUGUCUGGCAAUACUGCCAGUAGCAGUAAUAGCAAAAGAAAUAGUGGUUGUGAUCUAAGUGCAGCGUAUUAUACAAAUCGGUCGCCGAUGUAUUCGCCAUUGGAUUUCUCGCCGCCAGUCUUUUCGCCGAAUCACUCACAGCUGCAACAGGCCAGGGGCUAUGCUGCCAACAUCCCAAUUGUAAGUAACUUGAUGAACCCGUCCAUGGCCUCUGUGUGCGAGUACCAAUCGCACUACCCGCUGUUCGGACUCGAUUGGAGUGUGGACGACUACGUCUGUCUGGGUUCAUACAAGGAGGACAGCAGAAAUAAGUUGCAGGUUCUGCAUUCAAAUGAUCUGUUGAGCUGGGAAAACGUAGUAGACGCAGACGUGGUUUACCCCGUGAGUAAGAUUCAAUGGGUUCCCUCUCAAUUACAUCCAAGGAAACUCGCGACGUGUUCUGAUUCUCUACGAAUUUGGAACGUUAACCAUGAGGAGAGACAGUUUCAAGAGCAGAUAAACUUAUCGUUGUGUAAAUACAAUAGACAACACCCCGCCAACCCAGCCGCUACUGAUGACAUGAAGGUCAUAGGCACUUUCCCACCAAUAACCUCGUUUGACUGGAACAUGGUCGACACCAAUCUAAUAAUAUCGAGUUCGAUCGACACUACUUGCAUUGUAUGGGAUCUACAAAGCAGCCAUUACGUCAAGACCCAGCUGAUUGCUCACGACAGUGAAGUUUUUGAUGUAAGGUUUUUAACAAAAUCUACACAAUUGUUUGCCAGUUGUGGUGGAGAUGGAAGCGUACGAGUAUUUGAUUUGAGAUCCCUUGCACACAGUACAAUCAUUUAUGAGCCACCAGCUUCCUCAGCCCCUGGACUCAAUGCAGAUACUACAACGCCCGCCUCCAAGGGCUCAGACGCCUUACUGAGGUUGGAGCCGUCUCCAUAUGAUCCAAAUGUGUUGGCUACAUUUGCAGCUGAGUCCAACAAAAUUAUAAUCUUGGACAUGAGGAAUCCGGAAUCACCUAUAUUAAACUUAGAGGGCCACAGUUCCUCGGUAAACGAGAUAAAAUGGCACCCCACGAAACGCAACGUCUUACUCUCCUGUGGCGAUGAUUGCCAAGUACUCUAUUGGGACUUGAACAAUUCCUUCAUGGAAAUUAAUGGUGCCGGUAGCAAAUCUCUCAGUGCGAGUAGCGCAUCCUUGCAAGACUCCGAUGGCGACGCAGUGAUGCCUGACGGCGUUGCAGGAUCCAAUUUGCACCAGGACCCCUUGAGUUUGAACAAUAAUGAGAAGCAAAUCUGCAAAACGCUAGAGACUCCCAACAUGAUGUAUGCCAAUAAAUCACAAGAGAUAAAUAACAUAGCAUGGAGGCCCCAGAGGGGUGACUGGUUUGGGUGUGUAAGCGGUAAGAAGUUUCAAAACGUCCGCGUCUUUUGA